UGUGCUGUAUCGCGCUCGUUGCUUUCCAUCCCGCGUUGGUGCCAUGGCGGCUCCGCGGCCCUAUGCGCUUGUCGUGUUUGGGGCCUCGGGCUUCACGGGCCAGUUCGUGGCCGAGGAGGUGGCGCGGGCGGCAGCCUCGGACGACCUGCGGGGCGGGCUGCGCUGGGCUGUAGCCGGCCGGAGCCGCGACAAGCUGCAGCGGGUGCUGGAGCGGGCGGCCGAGCGGCUGGGGAAGCCAGACCUGGCGUCGGAAGUUGGCAUCAUUGAGUGUGAUGUGGAGGACCCGGCCUCCCUCGCCAGCAUGGCCAAGCAGUCUAGCAUGGUUCUCAACUGUGUGGGCCCUUAUAGGUUUUUUGGAGAGCCUGUGGUGAAAGCUUGUGUUGAGAAUGGCACAAGUUGUCUUGAUAUCAGUGGAGAACCUCAGUUUCUGGAAGGCAUGUAUCUGAAAUAUAAUGACCAAGCUGCAGAAAAGGGUACAUAUGUCAUUGGAAGCUGUGGUUUUGACUCUAUUCCAGCAGAUAUGGGAAUACUGUACACCAGGGACAGCUUGAAAGGUAUCCUAACUGCAGUUGAAAGCUUCCUGACAGUUAAUACUGGACCUGAGGGUUAUUGUAUAAAUGAUGGAACCUGGAAGUCAGCUGUGUAUGGCCUUGCAGAUCAGGACAAAUUGAAGGUGCUUCGAAAGGAGAUUGGACAUGCACCUCUUCCAACUAUUGGUGCAAAACUUAAAAGAAGAGGUCAAGUGUUUUACGCUGAAGAAUUAAAACAGUACUGCAUUCCAUUUUGGGGAUCAGAUGCAUCUGUUGUAAAACGAACUCAACGUUUUUUGCACACGCAAUUCCAGGAAACACCUGUGCAAUAUGCUGCUUAUGCAGCUGUCGGUGGUCUGACCUCUUUUGUUAAGCUGAUGUUUGCUGGCAUUCUAUUUCUUCUCCUUGUGAAGUUUAGCUUUGGAAGAAAUCUCCUAGUAAAAUACCCAGAAUUUUUUUCUGGAGGCCUUUUCACAAAGAAAGGACCAACACAGAAACAGAUUGAUGGGUCAUCCUUUACGUUUACAUUUUUUGGUCAGGGCUAUAGCCAGGGCCAAGAUCCACAACAUGGCAAACCAACUGUAAAAAUCUGCACCCAGGUGAAGGGACCAGAUGCUGGCUAUGUUGCUACCUCAAUAGCACUAGUUCAGGCAGCUGUGACGCUUCUGAAGGAUGGAAGUUCUCUUCCUAAACAAGGUGGUGUUUAUACUCCAGGAGCGGCUUUCUCUAAAACAAAACUGAUCGAUCGACUCAACAAACGGGGCAUCGAGUUCUCUGUUAUUAGCAAGCCUGAAGUCUGAAGUUGCAAAAUAAUUCCAAGGAAAACUAAAAUUGCAUGAACUAACAACUUCUGUGGUUUAAUUCUAAGGUACCAAAAAAGUAUAUUUGGAUGUAAAAUCUAAACAAGACAGCUCUGUGUAAAUCAAUAAAAAUAUUUACAAAUCAGUGACAUUCAUAAAUGCA